UGAUUGCGCAGGUAAGUUGUACCCUUUUUCACAUAUUUUAGUAAAUUAAUUUAGAGUGUACGUGUUGUUAUUUAGAUUUUUGUCUAAAUGUACCCUUUUACACCGAGUUUUUAUUUUAAAACUUCAUUACAUAAUUAUUAUGAAGAGGAGAUAUUGAUUUUUUAUUAUAUUUUUGUAUGUAUGUUAGUAAAGUCUUGACAUAAAAACAGUACAAUAACAAUGGUUAUAGUGAAUCAACCUCACAGACAUAUUUAACUACACUUUAUAGUAUAAUUAUUUAAUUAUAGAUAUAUAAGGUGUAACAAAAUUAACUGCAAAUAUUUUGAGUGGUUAUUGUACUCUUCAUUAUAUCGCGGUUCCCUGAUGUAAUGUUUUAAUAAAUAUAUCUAUUGUUUUAGAAUGGCUGGUCGAAGUCGCAUUAAUCGUUUGAUAGGUCUUGUUUCCAAAGAUAUGGCAAUGAUGGAUGGAGUGGAUUGGAUUGAUGACGAAUCUAUAACUGUACCUGUAUCUUGCGAAAACUAUUCUCCAAAGGCUAUACAUUCCAGAGAUCAUUCUCCAAGACCAGGAUGUUCAAACAGUUAUUCUUCAAUGCCGGGAAACUCUAAACAAUUUUCUACAAUACCUGGAUGUUCCAAAAACCUUUUCUCAGAGCCUGACAAUGAUGUCGAUAUAUUCACUGAUUCUGAUGAAACGUUUCUCGUAUGUCUUGAUAUUGUUUCUAUGUUAAUUGAUUCGCUACCAUACCCCAAUUUGGAUUAUUCUACAGAUAGUAGUGACGAUUUCAUCCCAAAUACAUGUGACACAAGUAGCUCAGAUUGUUCAGUUUUACAAAAGCGCACAAGACGUAAUAGUAAUGUCAUUAUUCCAGAGUCAGAUUCAGAUACGAGCAAUAAUAAGUCAUUUUGGGAUAAAGAAGGUAUUAAACAAGGCCGGAAACAUAAGCCUAGGAAAAGUAUCAAGGAAAGAAGAGUAGAUAGAGAAACUAGAAAAAAGAAGAGAAAUCUAGGAAAGAGUUACGAGACAGGAAAAGGUAAAAAAGUAGAACAAAGGAAAAUCAAAGGUCUGGGAUCUUGUAGAAUGAAAUGUGCUGAAAGAAUUCCUGAAGAAUUUAGAAAUAAGAUUUUUAAUUAUUACUGGAGCUUAGGAGACUACGACCGACGAGUUUUGUUCAUAAGUAACCUUAUAGAUGUAAAGGGAAAAGCAUCGACAAAACUUGCAGCUACAGUUAAAAACAGACAUUUUACUAAUAACUACUGCCUAAAGCUUCAUUUAGAGUGUCAUCGUAUAUGUAAAGGUUGUUUUUUAAAAACAUUUGAUGAAACCCCUAAGUUUAUACAAAAUGUAACUGGGAAAAUUAAAGAAAGCGGUGGUAUUGUGGCCAAAUCUACAAGAGGAAAAAAGCCUAGCGCUUUAACCAUAGACAAUGAGAGGUUAGAAAAUGUGAAAACACAUAUAUUAUCAUUUCCAAUAUAUGAGAGCCAUUAUGGUCGUUCUAAGACAAACAAAAAAUUUUUGCCGCCCCAUCUAACCCUGCAAGAUAUGUAUAAAUCUUACUGCGAGGAUAAUGAAAAUCCGGUAUCACUGACCAUCUACUCAUGGGUUUUCCGGGCCCAAAACUUAUCUUUCAAAACACCAUAUGUUGAUACGUGUGUGAAAUGUGAUACUUUAAAUACGAAAAUUAAGUUUUGUGAUGGUUUAGAAAAGGAAAACACUGAAAAACUUUUGGAAGAGCAUCAAAGAAGAGCAGAAACCAUUUAUGAUCAAAAAUCAAAAGACCGGGCUUGUUCUAUUGAAAAGGGGGACACCGCAGUUCUAUCAUUCGAUCUGCAGCAAUGUUUGCCGACCCCAUUCCUUAAAACUGGGGCUGCAUUUUAUAAGCGUGCAUUAUGGACUUACAAUUUAACAUUAAGGGAUUGUACUCAUAAUAAAUGUAGCGGCUAUGUGAUACCAGGACACUUUAUACAGGAAAUACAAGCAAGACCCUCGAAAUCAAAUAGAUUCAAACAGCUAAGGAAUGAUGCUUCUGCCGGCUCCCACCAUCAUAUGCAAGACAGGCCAAAACUCAAGGCCCGCCGUUCUGAAAUUCAGAGCUGCAGCAGCAACAUCACCAUGAUAACUUAUAGUGCUUUAUUUCAAUGGAUUCCGUGGUUUCAUAUAUAA